AUGGACGCAGACAACCUUCAGCCACAGGCGGCCGACGGCGCGCCACAGCAGCGAGUCUUGGUGCGGCUCCGGCUGCCGUCUCGACCGCCGCAGCUCCAGCAGCAAACAGCGCAGACGGAGCAGACAGAGCAGCCAGAGGAGACAGCGGAGGAGAUCCAGGACAGCCAACAGACAGCGAGGCCAGCUACCGUCAUCGACUCGGUGGCGCAGGACGAGCGGAUCCGCGGGACGGCCGGUGACGCUGAUGGCAUCCAUGAUCCAGCGCCAGCAGCAUCAGCAGCAGCAGCAGCAACAGCAGACGACGACGGCGAAGAGAUAGUGACAGGGACGGCGACGGCGACAGUGAAAGCGAAACGCUUGUCGCGGCAUAAGAAGUCAGAGAGCGGUAGCUACUACAACGCCAGAACCUCUCGCAGUCGGCCUCUGACGGUCCAUAAUCUGUUCCCUUGGGAAGCAUUGCAGCUACAGCAAGACCACAGCGGGCCUGCCGUCAUCAACAUGUCUCGCAACCGCCCGCGAGGCCCAGCGACGAGAGAGAACGGGCUGGCGGCGGACGAAGAGGUCGAGAUGUGGAAUAAGAUAUGUCAGGAUAUCCGAAAAGCCGCCGAAAAGAACGAGAAGCAGCGGACCAUUGGCCUGCAGAUUGCCGCUCUCAACGAGAAGAUUGCGAAGAACGGGAACAAACCAACCUUGGCUGAGAUAGACCAUUUGGACAGCCUUCACCGACAGCAGCUGAAGCUGAGCGCGGAGGAGAGAGCCAUCCUGCAGGACGAGCCGGCGGAUGUUACCAAGAACCUGGGCAUCCUGAUAGCGCUCCGCUCGGCGUCAGAGGCGGCUGACCCCCAGAGUCGGUCUCUCUCGCAGGUCAAGUCUCGCAAGCGGAAGGGGGACGUCGACCUGGCCUCGACCGAGUCUCCUGCGCCCUCGUCCUCAGGCGUCUCAUCAGACAAGCUGAACCGGAUCAAGGGCGGCGCCCAGCGCAGCACCAGCGUGUCCAGCAGCCACCGCGGCGACACUGCGUCGCUAGACAACGGCGUAGAGGGAGGCCGCCCGUCCGACAGAGCUGACCAUUUUGUCAUCGGCGCCGAAGUUGUCUUCAAGCAUAACAAGAAACAGCAGGGCGUCGAGGGCGAGGGCAUCCAGUGCAUCAUCAAGAACAUCACUGGCGAAGGAAACAAGAGACGGUACGAUGUGCAAGAUCCAGAACCGAUCGAGAACGGCGCGGAGGGCGCCAUCUACAAGACCACGGCGGCCUCGCUGAUCCACAUCCCCAAGGCCGGCUCUCCGCUCCCCCAGUUCCAGGUCGGCAAGCAGGUGCUGGCCCGAUACCCAGACACAACGACCUUCUACCGGGCAGAAGUCAUGGGCCUGAAGAAGGAGGUCUACCGCCUCAAGUUCGAAGGCGAAGAGGACGACAAGGAAAUGGAAGUCGACCGCCGCUACGUCCUGGACAUCCCCAGCAAGUGA